GGGUGGGUGAGGCCUGGGGGUUAGACGAAUAAAUUAAGUUAUACAUGUAGUCAUAUUAACCCUAGUCGUAGAUAAUUGGGUAAACCUAGCAAAGGAAUUAAGAUCGAUGGCAAAUGCAAGGAGUUUGGCAUGCAGAUCGUCGUCAAUGUAAUGGUAACAGAGAGAUAGAGAUAUCAAUUAGGAGAAAAGUAAAAUUCAUCAAUGGGGUAUUGUCCAUGCUUCGGGAGCAAGAAAAAGGGGAUCAACUUGAAAACCAAGCUAACCAACACUACUUACGUCCCUAUCGAACCAACUACCCCUCCUAACAACUCUCAUCUUCCUGCAGAUAAUGCGAUCAAAUAUAGCACAGUACUGGAGCCCAGACAGCAAGUACCGAUAUCAAAAGAUUGCUCUCCUCCGAGAAGCAACCUUCCAACUUUUUCUUACAGGGAUCUUGCAACAGCGACAAACAAUUUCAGGCGAGAAUCCAUUAUUGGGGAAGGUGGCUUUGGGCCUGUAUUCAAAGGGAAACUUGAAACUAGUCAGGUUGUGGCUGUUAAGAAGCUAAAUCAUUCAGGUCUUCAAGGGGAUAAGGAGUUCUUUGUGGAGGUUCACAUGCUCUCACUGAUGCGGCACCCUAACCUGGUUAAUCUAAUUGGUUACUGCAUUGAAGGAGAGCAGCGUCUUCUUAUCUAUGAAUUCAUGCCUCUAGGAUCUUUGGAAUAUCAUCUCCAUGAUCUGACACCUGAGAUGGAGCCAUUGGAUUGGGAUACCAGGAUGGUAGUAGCAUCUGGUGCUGCCAAAGGCCUGGAUUACCUUCACAACCAAGCUGAUCGUCCUGUUAUCUACAGGGACCUUAAGUCGGCAAACAUAUUAUUGGGUGAGGGUUUCCAUGCAAAACUUUCUGACUUUGGUCUUGCAAAGUUUGGCCCAAUUGCAGACAAUACACAUGUUUCAACUCGGGUUAUGGGCACUCAUGGGUAUUGCGCACCUGAAUAUGCUGGAACUGGAAAACUGACUAUGAAAUCAGACAUCUAUAGUUUUGGUGUGCUCUUGUUGGAGCUAAUUACUGGAUGUAGAGCAAUGGAUGACUCUCAUGAAUAUGGAAAGGAAAUGCUUGUUGACUGGGCACGUCCUAUGUUGAAAGACCGCAUGAACUAUGUACAAUUAGCGGAUCCAAUGUUAAGAGGCAAGUUUCCACAAUCUGUUUUCCGCAGGGUAGUAGAACUGGCCUUAAUGUGUGUUCAGGAUGAUCCCCAUGCUCGACCUCACACGAAAGACAUUGUGCUUGCUUUGAGUUAUUUUGCAUCCCAAAAGCAUGAUUCACAUGCAGCUCAGUCAAAUCAGAUUGGAUCUCAGGGAGACGGGAUGACAUCCCCUGUAGAAGAACUAACAAAUGGAAGCCUUGUUGAUUUCAAUGGAACUCGGAUCAAUGUAACGGAGAUGAGUGCUUUGAACAAGGAUCAAGAGCGGAAGCGAGCUGUUGCAGAGGCCAAGAAGUGGGGCGAGACCUGGAGAGAGAAAGGGAAACAUGAUCCGGAAGAUGAUUUAGAUUAUAAAUCAAGGUGGUGAUUGCAAGUAAGUAGAACUUGGGGUUUUUCUAUUCUGAGAUUAUCAUAAACACUAGAGCAGCAGCAGGAACAUUUACUCUGUGCGAGUAUUUUUGGCAGAGCUAGCAUGUUAAUUAAAGGUGUCAAAAUAUGAAAAACGUAGUAUGUAUACAUACAUAAAAAGAUCUACAUUUUAUGUAGUUUCCCACCCCAUGGAUACAUUUGGCAGUAUUGAUGUAUUUGUUACUUUAGUUAUGCUUGAUAUAAUAAAUUUGAACGCUCAGAACAAUUUAAUAAAGAUUGUUUGACGACACAACAGUAUAUGACAUUUAUCAUUAUGAAGUGCUAA